AUGUCUUUCCAAGCUGAGGCAGAGCUUCUCGCUCUCCUGCACACUAGCUUUGUGACGAACUGUGCUCAAGUUGCCGUGGCAGCAUUGGUCGCAUACGAAUAUGUUUUCACGCUCGACCAAGCGAUAAACUUCAUUUGGAGUCGGAGGAAUCCGUCUCUAUAUGUGUUCCUUCUCAAUCAGUGCGUCAUGCUGGGCUUGGUGAUAGCGAACAUACUUGAGAUGCUACCUUGGGUGACGAGCGCGAGAUGUGACCUCGAACGCAGUUGUCAAGCCAUUGGGAUUGUUUACGAUAUAUUGCAACUUUUGACGUUCUUGGAAUGGGCCGUUAUCUCGGCGUUACGCGCCCAGGCCGUCAGCAGGAGCAGUCGAAUGCUACCUGCACUUGUCUUCGCACUUGACCUCGUUCCGUUUGGUACAACCAUGGUACAGUCGCGUAUCUCGUCGUUCGGCAGGAUAUUUCACGCUGAUCUCCUCCCCACUCUCGUGUCUUCGCGCGCAUGCGCAAUGGCCGCCGACAUCAUCGUAGUACUCGCAACGUGGUACUAUUCGAGAGGCCCGGAGCUCAUGCCGCAGGUCUUUGGCUUCAGGACACGCAUACGCCUACCUGCCCUGCUACUGAGAAAUGGUGUGACAUAUUCAUUCGCUCAGCCGCAUGAUGGUCCGGCUCAUUUCACGUCCCUAGGUGUGCUGUAUUUCAUGUACGAUCCAAUGAAGCUUCUCACUGCUCAAAUCAUAAUGAACUACAUCGAGGCCCUUUCAAUCGGAACCGUUUUCCUGAUACCGGUAAUGUCGGUCCUUGUAUCCCGAUUCCUGCUCAACAUCCGAGAAGCGGCGGAUGAAGUGCACAAAGUAUGGGAUACCGCGCUCGAAGCGACGCUGGAGGACACCGAGUCAACGGGGCUCUCGUUCCAGCUGCAGAACACCAACAACACCACCGCCGACUGUGCACGGAACACACCCGCCCUGACGCGGUCCUACGACCUCGCGGAGGGCUCGAGCACUGCCGUUGGUUCGGCGUGGUAG